CAGGGUCAGGUCUGGAGCAGUGCGCCGUUCUGUCAGGGCUGCGCUGAGCCCCCUCUCCGCUUCGAUCGGCCCGGCCCAGCGGCCUCCGCCACGGGCGGCUCCGGACCCGUGCAGCGCGGGGGAUGGAUGCUGCAGGCCUCACCCUGAAGCUGCUUCUGGUCGGAGACAGCGCCGUGGGGAAGUCCAGCCUCUUGCUAAGGUUCACCGACGGUGCGUUUGAGCCGUGCCUGAAGCCCACCAUCGGUGUUGAUUUUAAAGUGAAGAAAAUGGUCGUAGACGGCCAUGCAGUACAGCUCGCAAUAUGGGACACAGCAGGACAGGAGCGCUUUAGAACACUGACUCCCAGUUAUUACCGAGGAGCUCAAGGGGUUGUUUUAGUGUAUGAUGUUACAAGAAAAGACACUUUCGCAGGACUAGAGAGCUGGCUGAAUGAGCUGGAAAUGUAUACCAAAAGCAACACUGUGAAGAUGUUAGUUGGCAAUAAAACCGAUAAGCCUGAUCGUGAAGUAGAGAGAAGAGAAGGACUCCAGUUUGCUAGGAAACGCUCUCUGCUUUUUAUAGAGACCAGUGCCAAGACACAAGAUGGAGUGCAACAUGCCUUCGAGGAACUAGUCAUAAAGAUGCUGCAGACACCAGGUCUUUGGGAUAAAAGCACAGAGAAGUGGGGAGUCCAGCUAAUGGAAUCUUCAGCACAGCAGGAUAAAAGCUUAUGUGGUGCAUACUGUCCACUUUCUUAAAUCUACAGGUGGCUGUUCUGUCUGAAUGGAGUGGACCUCUUUUUUUUUUUUUUUUUUUUUUUUUUUUUUUUUUUUUAAAAAAAAGGGGGGCAGGAAUUCCAAGCACUAGUCUGUGCCUUGUUUGACCUGCCACCAGUUGUGUAGAUCCAAACCUGAAACUGAUUAGCAAAAUACAUUUUUGUUCAUUAACAAAAUACAGUUUCUCUUUCCCUUAUGCACAGCUGAUGUCUCCAGAUAUUUUUCUGGUAACUGUCAGAUUUUUCACUAUUAAAUCAUAGUGCUUCUUAGAGUAUUGUGCUCUUGCUGCAUGGCGUUCAACAUGGACUUUUUCUGAAAUUGCUGCCUUAGCAUAAAAUAAGGUAGUACUCCAUUUUGGAAUAUUAUUGAAAAUCUUCUUUCCCCACAAUGGCAAAGGAGUCUUUCAGGCACCCAGGUUUCCUUAAAUGUUAAUAGUCAGGAGUCGCCCUGAGCAGUGACAUUGUUUCCCAAUUUCAGAUGAUUUUAAGCAGUUGAAAUUGCUACAUGUCCCCAGAUAGUAAGUUCAGUUAUUACUUAAUUUUAGGGUUGUAGUGAAGAGGCGUAUCUAUUAACAUUUGGCAGGGAAAAAAAACGCCGCUUCCUGUGCAGUACACUGCAGGUUACCCCUUGCUGCUCUUAAAAUACUUUGUACCGAGGAUCAGUGGUGAAAUGGAGUCGUCAUUUUUGGCUGGUUUACACCGUGGGUCCUUUUUGCAGUUAACAGGGCUUUCUGCAAACCCAUGUUCCUGCCCUCAUUCAGCAACUGCAGGCCUAAAACUAAGUUUAAUGUAAAAUGUGCUGGUUAUGGAAGACUUUCCACUAGGAUGAGUCUGUCUAUUGCCAAUCUCAUUAUGAAGUUCUGUCAGGUAACUGCCUCCUUUUACACCCUCCUCCUCCGUACCGCCCCCCCCCCCCCGCCCAUUAAACUCACUGCCUUUUCUUGAAAACAAGCUGAGUCAUGGAAGAUGUUAGCCUAGACUCUGAUCUUGGUAGUAUUGCUUCUGGAAGACUUCUGAUUGGCUGCCUGGAACACUGUAAAAGUAUCAACUUUGGGGACUAUUAAAAGCAUUUAAAAAAUAAACUGAAGUGCUUGUAAACAAGUGACAAAUCCAAAGACAGUCUUUCAUUACAGGACAUUGUCAAGUCAGAACAGAAAAAUUGCCUUUUUUUUUUUUUUUUUUUUUUUUUUUAAGAUGCAUGUUUUGAUGAUUCAUUGCUAUCAAGUUCAUUUAUGUUAGUGGGAGUGCCUUCCUGAGUACCACCAGUGAUUUGUCAUGAGUGCUGCCACAACACAGCUGAAGACAAGGCAUAUAAACUUCAACCUCACUUUGGAACUGUUCUAGCUUCUCUGCAAAGUUGCUCUUUGUGGAGCUGUCUUCUUCUGUGAAAAGUCCAUCUGUAUAAUUUUUGCUAAAGUGACUGGAAUACCCGUACUGGGUUUUUGCAUCAGCUUCUGUCUGCCUUGCAAUGGAUUUUAAGUGGUUGCAUAGUUGGAAUAUCACUCCUGUGUAUUUCCUUCUCCUGAAAUCAGUCUGAGGGAGAUGUCAGAUCUUAUAGUAGUUUUUAAUGUCUUUAGCAGUGGAAACACAGGUGCUUACAGCCAGCUGAAGGACACCUUCUUACACUUUCAUCUUGGUUUUGGUCUAUAAGAUGUCCCUUUUGGAAUACUUACUUAUAUCAGCUUGUGAGAGAAUAGAAGAGAAAGCAGUUUCUCUUGGUGUGACUGGUAGUAGCUGGACAGGCAUGCUGUAAGCAGAUCACAGACAGCAUGGUUUGUUAAACUACUGAGCGUCUAUCAGCAAAAUGUAGGCAUGUCACAAUCUGAGAUUGUUUGGAAUGUCCAGGUGUAACGGUGAGCACAGCAUGGACACGAGAAAUUAAGACUAGGAAGUCAAGUUCAGAAGAUGGGAGGCUGUGGCAACUGUAACGAAGCCAUAAAACCAGCUGCGAAGGCUAGGAAGGAGGCAAUCGUGGGAAGCUAAGAGAGGAAUGACUUCUGAUCAGCAGGCCAUGCAAUGGUGCGUUCUUGUGACGGACUGAAAGAGUUCGCGUCUCAAACGCUGUGGCGGCGCGGGCCCUGCAGAGCAACGACGCACCGCCGGGCAGCAGCGGCUCAGCCGGGCCGGGCCAUGUUCUGAGACGCUGGGCGGGGCUGCUCACCACAUAUGGCCAGAGGCCGGGCAAAAUUGAUUGGAGGAGUGGGCGCACGGGCGCCCGAGGGGACCCUUCGCGACUACCGCCCUCCAACGGCGCCUGCGCACAAGAUCAAAAGUGACAUAAGCCCUCGAGGGACGUGACUGGCGCGAUCGAGGGCGGGAAGUAGACGGCGAGAGGCACACACCUGAGGAGCGGGGUGCGCGCCCCUCACCGGAGGAUGUUCGCCAUCAUCGUGGGACCCAACGGUGGUGAGUCCCCCCUCCCCCCCGGUCUCUUAGACAUAAACCAUUGGCCAAGUCUGGGACGAGGAGCAGAUCCAGCCACCCCCGGGCUCCUCUCUGAGAAGGAGUCUGGAAAGCGAGGGGGUCCACUCCGAACCUCCUGACCCGACGGGAGGGCUCUCCUUAUUUUCUUCCCUGAAUUGAUCCCUAAGUAAGCAAGGGCUGUAGUAUGUGUUUGGUGUCGUAUCGUUAACACGUGUUACACGGCUUACUGACAUAGUUUCAUGCCAGUUCUUGUUGUGAGCAAAAAGUUGGGUUCUGUGAGUUGGAGGGUCCCUGGUGUCAUUUCACCUUAAUGCUGACCUGGGAAUCGGCAAACCUGAGUCGUCGUCCUGAGAAAUUGGGACGUGACAAUACUCUGCUGUUUGUGUAGGUUUUUUUUUUUUAACGGUGAUGGGCAUGACUUUUGUACAAUAAGACUGUCACCAAGGCAGUCACUUCUUUCCUACAUUUCCUGGGGUUAAGGAAGAGACUGGAGAGAGGACACUGUGUUCUGUUGCUGUCCUGUUGAAUGUGGGCUAAACUGCUUAGCUGGUCUGUGCUGCAGUUGAUAUCUGCCUUCCUUAGAAUGUCUGUCUUUGCAUCAUACUUCAGUUUGCUGCAAAUGCAGUCCUACUGAUUGAAUGCUUCCUCUGUUGUAUUUGGCAGGAGGAAAACACCCAGAACCAAAAUCCACCUUGAUUGAUUUAUGAAUUUUUUUGUUGUUGUUUAAUGUAAUAACAAUUUUUGAGGGAGGUGAGCUAAAUGAAUCAGUCUUCCAUUCAGUUUUGAAUAUAGUCAGAUCUGAAAGUAGUAAUGUAAAUACAUACACUCGUUCUUACCAGAAACUACAAGCAACAUGUCUACAGUUCCAGGUUUGCAAAAUGAAAUGUAAAAUUGAGUGUUUAGGUCCAAGUGAACUAUUCGUGUUAUGGAAUGCUUAUAUGCAGUAAAAAAGGUAUCAUCUGA